AUGUUGGUGUCGUCGUUGACCUCACCCUCAACCUCACCCUUGAUGCUCACCCAUAUCAUUAGUUUUCCAGGUGUUAUUGACACAAGCAAAUCUAUUCUAAUCCACACAUCCCACCUGACCUUAUCUUUACUGGCGAGCCGCUCAUGCUCCCACCUUGUCAUCCCCCCAACCUUCUACACCUAUCCUAAUCAGGAGCCGACUCCACAUUUUUUCCGAUCCAGCUGGCUCUUGGCUCUUGGCGAUCUUGCGCGCUUGAGAGCCAAGAGCAAAUCGCAGAUGAGCAUCAAAUCAUCUUCUGAUCAUCCCACUGCAUGGGUAGACAAUUCACCGAGCCCGAGCAUUGGCGUUGUCGCUGUGCGAAUGAUCAGUGUUGAACUGGAGAAGGAACACUGGCGAAAGCACUUCACUUGGUCUUGUGCCUCUGCAGAAGCAAGCAGAUCUUCCUGA